GUCGGAUCAUAGGAAUAUGAAUCGAUACAUCGAUGUAGUGGAUGAAUCGUUACACCUCUAAUGAAUAAACAGUGAGAGCUGAUUUAUUAAACAGAGGACGUCAGAGUCACAGUGUCCGUCAACAAACCUAACACCAACAUUUGUGAUAACACGUCUAACACAAAUACCACCAACACAACCAACGCCAACUUAAAGAACAACUAACGCCUGAGCACCUUUAAUAACACUGACACUAAUGCUAACCACUACCAGCAACAACACCAGGACCAGUGACACCAACUGUAUAACCAGUUUAACCAACAACACCACCAACACAGUGAUCUCAAACACCCAACACACAGAACACCAACACAUCCGCCAUCUUGUCCUCUUUGGUGUGUUUACUGUUUUUAAUAUCUAAUGUUUUGUCAUCGUCUGUCUUGUUGUCGCCUUCAGUCCAUUUUUAAAAUCGUAGUCACUUCCCUCUUGUCGUCUUUGAACACACCCCAAUAUUUUAAAAAGCUGUUCCUCUUCAACAAAUAACUCUGAUGUGUUGAUUUGUUGAGGUAAAAGAAUUAAAAGUUGCACUGUAAACUUUGUGAUGUGACCAGACAGAGGGAAUGAUGGGUGAAAUCAUGUUCUGUGUGGCUCUAUGAAACUUUUUAACUCUGUCACUAGACCUCCUUCACCUUCCCGCUCACUCUGCACACGUGGCCUUUGAACACACCUGCACACCUGUCAGGUUUUCAUUGUGCUUACAUAUAACUCUUAUCAUCGCACAGGCCUGCCAGGACCUCCGGGGCCCCCUGGAGAGAGGGGCUUCAAUGGGCUGCCAGGUCCACGAGGGCCUAUGGGAACUCCUGGGCGACCAGGUGACAGUGGAGUGCGAGGUUUACCUGGUCCCAAAGGAGAAACAGGCCUGUCUGGUGCCGAUGCUCAUGUUCCCAGACUGUCGUUCUCUUCUGCUCUCACGGUUCCGAUGGAGAGAUCAGGAACUAUCGUGUUCGAUAAGAUCUUUGUGAAUGAAGGAGACUUCUACGACCCCCGAACAGGUGUUUUCACGGCCCCUGUUGACGGACAUUACUUCUUCAGCGCCAUCCUGACGGGUCACAGGAAUGAGAAGAUUGAGGCGGUUUUGUCCAAGUCCAACUACGGCAUGGCCCGGGUGGACUCUGGAGGCUACCAGCCCGAAGGACUGGAGAACAACCCCGUGGCCGAGGCUAAGACCACUCCGGGAUCUCUGGCCGUCUUCAACAUCAUCCUGCCCCUGCAGACUCGGGACACGGUCUGCAUCGACCUGGUGAUGGGCAAACUGGCUCACUCUGUGGAGCCGCUCACCGUCUUCAGCGGCAUGCUGCUGUACCAGGACAUGUGAAGCCACCUCACGGGAGAACCUGAACAACCCCAGGAUAAGAUUCAUGACAAACCCACGGAGGCUGCACCCUGAAGUGUGAUGUCACUUCCUCUUUGAGGAGUGUUUGUAAACUGACGACAGAGUAUUAUAAAUGAACAAAGACCUUGACAAAUAUUUGACUGAUUUUAUGCUACUAUUUUAAAAAGUGAGCGUGUCACUUUAAUGACAGAAGGAGGCCUUUAACCUUCUGACUGGUUGAACCAAUCAGCUGAUGUGAUGGGGUCACGUGACCUGACGUCAGAGCAGCACUGUGAGGACGAACUACCCGCAAACCAGGACGAGCUGAGCCGUGGAUCCCCGGCUUCUUACUGCUGCUUGAAACCGUCGAACGUCUUUUUGGAAUCCCAGAACCUCUUGUGUUUGAACAGUUCCAGCGUGGACAGGAUAAACAGCACCCUCUACAGGCUGCAGAGAGCAUUACAGCUCAAACAUGGACUAACAUUGCUUCUUUGAGGCUCACUAAUAACGUCAAGUUGUUUGUCACGAGGACGAUCCUGCUGGAGAGUUUGUGGAGUCAUGAAAAUAAAAACAGCUGAUAUGUAAAGAUAUCUGUCACUGGUCAUGUGAUGACAUAUGUUUGCAUAUUCGACCAUUAGUGAUUGGAAGUCGUCAGAUAUUUGAUUUACAUGGAUUAAGAUAUAUGACAUUUAUUGAUGAUCUACCCGUCAGAUGAUUGAUAACAGUCAGGACACCUUAAUGUAUCACCUGAUAGCAGAACAUCUGCAGAUCCAGAGAUCAAUAACGGUCAGAUAUCUGAUCCUCUAUGAGUCAGGUGAUCAAAAUGAGACAGAUAUCUUUGUGUUAUUGAUUAUCUGAUUGGUAAAUGUUGAUAUUUGACAUUCACUGAUAAUUGGACUGAUGGAGGGUACAAAAACAGACUCUCUCAAGGUCGUUGUCGGUUAUUGAUCAUCUGACCUGUGGAUGUGAUCGUUGGAUCGUUGGAUGGUUGGAUGGUUGGAUGGUUGGAUGGUUGGAUCGUAGGCCCUCGGCCGGUCAGUCAGAGACAGUGAGACUUUAAAAAUGAUGAGAAGCAAACUCAGCGUGUCGCUCUGAAGCUUUGUAAAAGCAGAACGUGUUUUCUGUUUGAUUUAAACGACUGAGAUGAGUUCACUUUGUGGAUGUUUUAUUGUAAGAUGCACCUUUUAUUGUUAUAUCUCUAUUUUCAUGGCAAGGUAUCACAUAAAUUCACUUAAAUGUUAAAUAUUAAAGGACGAAGCUGGAAGUAUUUCAUGUUUCUAGCUAUCAACAAAUCCCUUUAAAAAAUAUUCAUAUGCUUUACUUAAGUUAAUGUUGCCAAAGUGUAAACAAACUGCAUUACAGGAGGAAUCCUGCAUUCUGAGUGUUACUCACAAUAAAACAUACUGAGGAUUUUUCAGGAAA